UCCGCGCUGCAGCUCGGCGGCUGCGCCCUGGCAGCCAGCUACGCCAACCCCAGCCUGCGCGACCUGCCGUCCCCGGCCGAGGAGGCCGAGCACGACCUGUGCGUGGCGCUGCUGCAGGUGCUGCACGGCUCCCUCGUGGACCGGCUGGGGACCCGGCCGGUGGGCGGGGCCGACAGCUGCCUGCAGGCGGGCCUCGCCACGGAGGACGACAGGGAGCGGAUCCGGGCUGUUACUGAAACUCGCGGGAAUAGAGAAGGUGCAAGGGAGCUGCUGAGUAUAAUAGUGCAGAAGAAAAAUUGGUUCUCUGCAUUUUUGUCUGUCCUGCGUGAAACUGACCAUGCAGACCUUGCAGAUGAUUUAAGUGGAAAUACAGGAGAGCAUAAAGAAGAUGAGCCAAAGCAACCAACAACUGCAGAUGAGGAAAUGGAAGUUCAAAAUUUAAUGUCUUCUGAAACGGCAAAGGAGCAAAAGCAAAACAAUGAAGUGAAUGAUAUCCUGUCCAGGGAAGACAGUUUGUUAGAAACACAUCUUAAAGAUACUCCUCUAGUUUCAGAUGAAGAUGAUGCAGAUAGUAGAGCUUCACCGGAACCAGAGCUGGUCCUCCGAGAUUACCAGAUGGAGGUUGCAAAACCAGCACUGAACGGAGAGAAUGUUAUAAUAUGUCUCCCUACAGGCAGUGGUAAAACUAGAGUGGCUGUUUACAUUACCAAAGAUCACCUGGAUAAGAAGAGAAGAAAAUCAGAGUGUGGAAAAGUUAUAGUACUUGUCAAUAAGGUACCAUUAGUGGAACAGCACUUCCGAAAGGAGUUCUAUCCAUUCCUGAAGCAUUGCUAUCAAGUUACUAGAUUAAGUGGUGAUUCUCAGAUGAAGAUUUCAUUCCCUGAAGUUGUCAGGAAAAAUGAUGUCAUUAUAAGUACUGCUCAGAUCCUUCAGAAUUCAAUGUCGAAUGCAGCUACAGAAGAUGAAGAAGGUAUCCAUUUAUCAGCUUUUUCUCUUAUCAUUAUUGAUGAAUGUCAUCACACCCAGAAGGAAGGUGUCUACAACAAUAUAAUGCGAUGUUAUUUAAAAGAAAAGAUGAAAAAUGAGAAACUAAAAAAAGAAAAUAAACAAGUGAUUCAACAGCCUCAGAUCCUGGGACUGACUGCUUCACCCGGUGUGGGAGGUGCAAAAAACCAAGCAAAAGCCAUAGAACAUAUUCUGAAAAUAUGUGCAAAUCUUGAUGCUUGUAGAAUAAUGACUGUUGAAGAACAUGCCUCCCAGCUGACCGAUCAAGUGAAGGAACCAUAUAAGAAGUUUGUGAUUGCAGAUGAUAAAAGAAAGGACCCUUUUAAAGAAAAAAUUAUAGCAAUCAUGCAAGAGAUUCAUACCUAUUGUCAACUCAGUGCAACUUCUGAGUUUGGAACUCAGCCUUAUGAACAGUGGGUAGUUAAAGAAGAGAAAAGAGCUGCAAAAGAAGAGAAACGCAAAGAACGUGUUUGUGCAGAACAUUUGAAGAAAUACAGUGAUGCCUUACAAAUUAAUGACACGAUUCGAAUGAUCGAUGCAUACAACCACCUCAAUAACUUCUAUAAAGAGGAGAAAAGCAAGAAAGCAAAAAUAAGGGAUGAUGAUGAUGAUGAUGAGCCAGUAGCAUCAAAACAGGAUGCAACUGAUACAUUUCUGUUAAAUUUGUUUUAUGAAAAAAGGAAACAGUUGAAAACAAUUGCUGGCAAGCCAGAAUAUGAGAAUGAGAAGCUAACAAAGUUGCGAAACACUUUAAUGGAAGAAUUCACAAAGACAGAUGAAGCAAGAGGAAUUAUCUUCACAAAAACUCGACAAAGCGCAUAUGCCCUCUUUCAGUGGAUCAAGGACAAUGCAAAAUUUGAAGAAGUGGGAAUUAAAGCUCAUUACCUUAUUGGUGCUGGACAUAACAGUGAAUUCAAACCCAUGACUCAGAAUGAACAAAGAGAAGUCAUCAGUAAAUUUCGUGCUGGAAAUAUAAACCUACUUAUUGCUACUACUGUGGCUGAGGAAGGUCUGGAUAUCAAAGAAUGUAACAUUGUUAUCCGCUAUGGUCUCGUCACCAAUGAAAUUGCUAUGGUGCAGGCUCGUGGACGAGCCCGAGCUGAUGAGAGUACCUACGUACUGGUGGCAUCAGGUGGAUCAGGAGCUGCUGAACGUGAAAAUGUCAAUAUAUUUCGUGAGCAAAUGAUGUAUAAAGCCAUCCAACGUGUCCAAAGGAUGCCACAGGAGGAGUAUGUAAACAAGAUUCAGGGGUUUCAGAUGCAAAGUAUAUUGGAAAUAAAAACGAAGGCAAAGAGAGAGCAGCGUAAGAAAUACAAGGAAAAUCCAUCAUUAAUAACAUUCCUUUGCAAAAACUGUGGCAAGCUAGUAUGUUCUGGAGAAGACAUACAAAUUAUUGAAAGCAUGCAUCAUGUCAAUGUUAAAAAGGAGUUCCAGGACCUUUAUUAUACAAGAGAAAAUCGAACACUGCGAGAAAAACAUGCUGAUUACCAAACAAAUGGUGAAAUUAUCUGCAAACAUUGUGGACAAGCUUGGGGAAAUAUGAUGGUGCACCGAGGGCUUGACCUUCCUUGCUUGAAAAUCAAAAAUCUCGUGGUCCGAUACAAAGAUAAAAAAACCUCAAAUCAACUUUACAAGAAAUGGGGAGAGCUGCCAAUCAGCUUCCCUGAUUUUGACUAUGCAGACCACUUUGUUUCCAGCGAUGAAGACUAAGGAUUUGUUCACAAAUGUACACAAAAGUUUAAUUUUAACCUGAAGCAUUUUUACUGCUGUGAUCACAGGCUCCUGGUUUGUUUAUUUUUUCAGGAAAAGCUCCUGUCUUCUAUCUUUUACUGUAAACUCCCAAGUGCAGUAAAACUGAGACAUCACUUGGGGAGAAGGAAAGUUGUUUGUGCUUUUGUGGCGGCUUGGAAUAAGAAAAGGAAAGCCUUAGUAGAUCCAGGCAGACAAGGUUCCUUGGGUGAAUUUGAUAUCUUUUAUUAGACCAACCCAAAUGGUUGGAGAAUAGUUAUUAAGCAAGGUUUCGGGUUCAAAAACCCUUCGUCAGGCUAAGGAAGCUUCAGCAGUUGGUGUGUGCUCUUCCUGGAUGGAAUGAAAAGUCCAGGCUUUUGUGAAGUCAGGGGACAAACCUUCCUUCCCUAUAUAGCAGAAUCCAGCGAAUGAAUGAAAAAAUUUUCAUUGAUUGGAUUUUUUUCCGUCAUUGCAACAAUGCAUUUAAUGAGUGGUAUUUGCCAUCUAAGAUAAUUAACAAAUAUUUGGGGGGAUUUUAACUCGGGAAAUACUUGUUAAAGGUCAUUGUUAGAUCAGACAUGCAUUUGAAACUGAGGUUGGGAGUUAGUUGUUGGUAACAAAGAGGCAGAAGUAGAGCAUAUAUGAUAUGCAGUCAAUCUUUCAGUGCAGGAAUUGGUGAGGGCUGCUGAUUCCCAGCAGUGAUCUAAGCCAAUGGUCAGAUCCGGCCUGCAGAGCCAUUGGAUCCAACCUGUGGCCUAUGAGUUCAGCAGUGGGAUAUUUUGCCUGCACUGCACUGUACUUGGGCUGUGGGGCUUUGCCCAUGCCACAAUUGGGUGGCAGGAAGCAGUGGUGGCAGCAGCAGCAGCUGAAUUCUAGUGCCAGCCCUUGGACCCAAGCUGAGUUGUUCCAGUCCACCAUGGCAAAAAAGGUUGCUGACCACUGAUCUAAGCUAUUUUCCUCCCUUCCUUUCCCCAUGUUAACACUGUCUCUCAGUAACAUAAGUAAUGUGAGGGGGUAUAUUUUAACUCAGCGUUUCCCCUGAAAUGGCUGUCAUUUGGACACUGGUUCUGUUUUGUGCUUCUCCUCUUAUACCAUUAAGGGGUGACUCCCACAUUUGUUACAAAGUCAGACUAAAUUUAAACUACUAUACAAAAUAUUUUAAGAAGUCCAUGUACUUAAACCUUAAGUAACAGUAGCAAAUAGAAUUUUCCAUUUGUAGUGUCAUACAAAGAUUUUGUAAAAUGGUGAAGAUGCAUUAAAGUAUGCUUCUUUAA